GAGCGCGGCCAUGCUGAAGACUGUUGGAUGCAGGGGCGCCAUGCGGGCUCUCAACCGAUCUGUAUCUCGUACCUUUGCACGUGGUAUGGGUGGAAGUGCUUCUGAUGCAGAGCGAGCACAUCUGUCUGAGAAGCAGAAGAAGCUGAUGAAGCUUGAAGAUGACUUUGGUGCUCACAACUACCACCCUCUGCCCGUGGUUCUCUCCAAGGGCAAGGGAGUGAAAGUGUGGGAUGUGGAUGGCAAGGAGUAUUAUGAUUACCUGUCUGCAUACUCUGCAGUCAACCAGGGGCAUUGCCACCCAAAGAUCAUCGCUGCCAUGAAGGAGCAGGCUGAGACUCUUACCCUCUCCUCCAGGGCUUUCCACAAUGAUGUGUUGGGACCCUAUUGCGAGUUUGUUACCAAGUACUUUGGUUACGAGCGCGUGCUUCCCAUGAACACUGGUGUUGAGGGAGGAGAGACGGCUUGCAAGCUUGCUCGCCGAUGGGGUUACGCUGUCAAGGGCAUCCCUGACAACAAGGCGAGAAUCUUGUUCGCGGAGAACAACUUCUGGGGCCGCACCCUCGCUGCUAUCUCCUCCUCCACCGAUCCUUCCUCCUAUGCUGGAUUUGGACCUGCUAUGCCCAACUUUGACAUUGUUGCUUACAACGAUCUUGCUGCUCUCGAGAAGAAAAUCGCGGAGCAUGCGAACGAGUACUGCGCGUUCAUGGUCGAGCCGAUCCAAGGAGAGGCGGGAGUGAUGGUUCCCGACGCAGGCUACAUGAAGAAAGCCAAGGAGAUCUGUCAGAAGUACAAGGUGUUGCUCAUUGCUGACGAAGUUCAGACGGGAUGCGGACGUACCGGAAGGACCCUCUGCGUUGAGUGGGACAACGUGAAGCCUGAUAUUGUCGUACUUGGAAAGGCGUUGUCAGGAGGAACGUACCCUGUGUCUGCUGUCUUGUCCUCCCAUGAGGUUAUCCUUCAAGUCAAGCCCGGCGAGCAUGGGUCCACCUUUGGAGGCAACCCCCUCGCGUGCAAGAUCGCCAUGGCUGCUCUCAACGUGCUCAAGGACGAGAACUUGGUGGCCAAAGCCGAGAAGAAUGGAGAGCUGACCCGCGCCAACCUUCACAACAUGAAGUCUCCGCUCGUGACCACCAUCCGUGGCAAGGGUCUCUUGAACGCCAUCGUCAUCAAGCCCACCCAGAUCAAGGGCAGGACUGUCACUGCGUGGGAUGUUUGCUUGGAGAUGGCUAAGAACGGAGUUCUUGCCAAGCCCACGCAUGACGACAUCAUUCGCCUCGCUCCUCCCCUCACGAGCACGGAACAAGACAUCAACAAUGCUUGCGAAAUCAUCCACAAGACUCUCAAGUCGUUCGAGUAGACGAGUGACCCUGUAUGUAUCAACGCUUCUCAUGAGGGAGCAACUCGUCCUCCAGUUAGGGCGAAUGAGCGCUGGAAAUCGUUGAGAGGAGAGGAGCAAUGUGCUGAUUUCAGCUCGUAGGAGUUUGUAGCAUGCGUGCCUCUUCGAUUCACUUCAAUGAACCCUUCUGUACUUUUU